AUAUAACACAAAAAAGCAUAUAUAUGCAUUCUGUACUGAAAUAUUUGAUUAUACACCUAUAAUUCCCAGUCCCAAAUCUCUAAUCUGAAGCUUUAGCAAUUUUUCUGUGGCUUAAAGUUUUGUUCUUUUUUAUUUUUUUUUAAACCUCAAACCAUAAAAAUGUCCAACGACCCACCUCAAACGCCUAUUUCCAAGUAUUCUUCUUCUAAUUACCCCAAACCAGAGGCCGAGUAUCAGGAGAUUAUCCAAAACCCAGAUAUUUUCUUGAGCAAGCUUCAAGCUUUUCACGCUUUCUACGGCACUAAAUUCAGAGUUCCAACAUUAGGAGGAAACCAAUUGGAUUUACAUCGUCUCUUUUUAGAAGUGACCUCUCGAGGUGGCAUUGAAAAGAUUAUAAAAGAUCGGAGAUGGAAGGAAGUUACUGGAGCCUUUAAUUUCCCUUCCACAAUCACGAGUGCUUCAUUUGUCCUGCGCAAGUAUUAUCUGUCAUUGCUUUUUCAUUUCGAGCAGGUUUAUUAUUUUCGGAGAGAAGAACCCAACAUAUCAUCUCCUGCAACUUGGAGUGCUGAUGGAUCAGCAUCGCCACAUACUCCCGAUGAUGGGGCUGCCACAUCAGAUCAGCUUCAGCUUACAGGUGGAUUGUCCAUUGCUUGUUUACAGAGUCCCACAUUGGAAAAUGGCAGCUUUGUCACAGGAACAAUCGAGGGAAAACUCGAUUUUGGUUAUAUGGUGACCGUUAAUUUUGGUGGCGAGAAUUUGAAAGGUGUACUUUAUCACAUCCCAGAGGCAUCAAACUCAUCGAUGAGUUUAAGUGCUUAUGUUGAGCCCGUUCAUCAUCGUUCGAGGAGAAAGCACCAGAUGGCUCGGGACCCGGCUCACCCAAAAAGAAACCGAAGUGGGUACACUUUCUUUUUCGCCGAGCAGUACCACAGGCUAAGGCCAAUGUACCAUGGCCAAGAACGAGCCAUUAGUAAAAAGAUUGGUCAGUUGUGGGGUAGAUUGACAGAGGCCGAGAAAAAGAUGGUCGGUUUUCUUCAAAUUCUUGAAAAGUGCUCCAAACUUCGGGUAUAUCAGGACAAAGGUUUGAGAGACAAGGAAAGGUACAAAGCUGAAAUGUCCGAGUACAAGACAUCACAUCACGCGCCACCUUAAUAGAUUGAUCAACUCGUAGGAGUUUCUUGGGAUUUCUAUUUCUCGAGUAUGGCAUUUUCCUUUUUCUAUUUUUAUUUUAUUUUUUUUCUCGUGUGUUGUUGCUAGAUUUAGAGAGAGAACUGUAGAGAAUUCUCCGUAUCCUAAUUUCAAGUUGACCGAAAAAAAAAAGAAACAUUCACCACUUGUCUAGAGUGUGUAUCGGCUGUGAAGUGAUGGAUGAUGUUCGUUUAGGCUUUUCUCCCGAACUUCUUUUUUCGCUGUAGUUAGACUUAUAAGUUGAACUUAUGAUGUUUUGCCUAACCUUCCAAUUAUAUGUGACUUGUUGCUCAUGAGUUAGGAGCUUCUCUCCGUCUCAAGGGAUUCGGGCUUUGAGGCCCGUAUUGUGGUAUGUAUGGUCCUUUUUGCAAGUAAAGGCUUCGGGCUUUGAGGCCCGAAUUGUGGUAGGUCUGGUCCAUUUUGGUACUUGAACAAGUUAAUGAUUAUCAAAUUGGUUUAGCUCUUUAGUAAUAUUCAUGCCUUUAGAUUGUUUUCUAACACAAAUUUUUGUGUGGACAGCUUAACCGUCUAACCAUCAGACGAGUUGUU